AUGCCUUCCUAUCGUGCAGCUCUCGUCUUCCUGGCCGCGUUGACGCCGUUCGCUUACGUCCACGCCGACUCGUCGGUCUUCUCUCAAUUUUUCGGCGCGACUACUGCGUCACCCCCGAGCGCGACCGACAGCUUGUACUUAUAUACCAUCUGCACGAAUGCCAUCCACGGUCUCCCGGCGCUGACGGGCCUCCCACUCAGCGAGUCGAUCCAGCUUGAGCAAGUAGCCGUGGACGCCGUCUGUGCAGGCUGCACCAGUCUGGGCCAGUCUCGGAUCGAUUCCUGCUGCGCCCAAGCCACAUCCUCCGCCUGCUUUGACCAGUUUGCCGCCGCGAAUGCCGCGCAGACUACGCCCGCUUCGGCCUCUGCCACGCCCACUGCCUUGACCGGCGACUCCGGUACAACAGCCAGCAGCUCCUCCAACGGCGGUAUUGUGCUCCAGAAUACGGACCUCAUUGCCGGUUCCUUCAUCGGAGCCGUCGUCGGCUUUGUUGGGUGGUUGUUGUAG